ACUUUUUAUUCAUUAUUUUUAAAUGAUCUCUUUCAGAUGAGGACAGGAGUGUUGCAGCCAACCUGUCCCAAAAUGUACGACUACUAUGUUGGAUCAUGACUGGGCCUAAGAACCUGGAGUCCAGAACCAAACACAUCCGGGCCACCUGGGCCAAACGAUGCAAUAAAAUCCUCUACAUGAGCUCAGUGGAGACCGAAUUCCCCACGGUGGGGCUCAACGUAAGCGAGGGACGAGACCAGCUCUACUGGAAGACCAUCAGAGCCUUCCAGUACAUCUACCAACACCACCGCAACGACUACGACUGGGUCCUCAAAGCCGACGAUGACACGUUCGUGGUCAUCGAGAACCUCCGAUACACAUUGUCUAAACAGGACCCGGAGAAGCCUGUAUACUUUGGGCGAAGGUUCCGCCCGUUCGUCCAGCAGGGUUACAUGAGUGGUGGAGCCGGCUAUGUCCUCAGUAAAGAAGCCGUCAGAAGGUUCAUCAAGGGAUUCGACACAGGGAAAUGUUCCCACUUCUCCAUCAUAGAAGACAUGGCUCUAGGGAAGUGUAUGGAGACUAUGGGUGUGGCCGGGGACUCCAGAGAUGUGAAGGGAAGGCAGACGUUUCAUCCCUACCCACCACACAAGCACCUGAUCAAAAAGCCACCCAGAAAACUGCCCUUGCAUCUCUUAUACGACCACUACAAACUAAGAGAGGGCCCAGAAUGUUGUUCAGAUCACAUCGUAUCAUUUCACUACAUCUACCCUGUAGAGAUGUACACACUGGAAUACUUCACCUAUCAUCUACGGCCCUAUGGAUACAAGUACAGGUACAACCCUGAUGCUGCAGCAGCUGAAAUUGAGAGUAACACCACCACACCUGUCUCUGCUUAACACAGAGAUAUCACAGACAGACUACUGCACUGAAGAAAGAACUUAUUUCUGUGUCAUGUUUAAAUGCCGAAACAACAGCCUGACAUUGCCACUUUCUUUGGUAAGCUGAGCAAUGAGACUAAGGAAAUGGAACCACUAUCAAAUUCAUUGACAUGGUAGUUUUAAACAUAUUUUGAAGCUAUACAUUGUAUUUGUUGUCUAUGUAAACGAACAUGAACAAUAGAGUAACAUAGUUUUUUUGUGACAGGGUGAGACAGUUGAACUAAGCUCAUAAGGCAUUUGCUAUUAAUUGUAUAUCAUUAAUCAAAUUUGCAUUGAGAAGCAAGGAAUCUUUCAGACUUUGCCUUUAACUGUAGGCUUGCACUAUCGACCACAACUGUUAAUCGUAUCAUCUGUUUAGGUCUUAUCUGUACAUAUGAUAUUUAUUAAAGAUUCUUAUGAUUCGGGCA